AUGAGCGCCCUCGAGUCGAGCCAGGAGGAGGACCUGGGCGCGAUGGCCGCCGCGGCGGCGCGGGCGAACCUCGUCUUCUGCAGCAGCUCGCCGGUGCUCAUCGCGGCGCAGACGCACCAUCUGUACGACGACUGCAAGACCUUCGUGGACUCGCCCAUGCGCGUCGACCCGGAGGAGAUCCUGGAGAAGUUCAAGGCCGUCGACGCGGCCGACGAGGCCGCCGUGCGGUCCUUCGUCGUGAAGCAUUUUGAUUUGCCGUCGGGCGAGCUCGCGACGGCGGGACCGCCGGGCGGCUGGACCGCGGCGCCGGCCGUGCUCGGCGAGCUCGGCGACGCGCGGGACGUCGCCUGGGCGCGGGCGCUCAACGAUCUGUGGCGCCAGCUCGCGCGCAAGGCGGCGCCCGGCGCGGACCGCUGCCGGUCGUCGCUGCUCGCGCCCCGGCGGCCGUUCGUCGCGCCCGGCGGGCGCUUCCGCGAGCCCUACUACUGGGACAGCUACUGGAUCGUCGAGGGGCUGCUGGUCUGCGACUGCUACGGCGCCGCGAAGGACAUGAUCCUGAAUUUGCUCGACUACGUCGAGGCCUUUGGCUUCGUGCCGAACGGCGGCCGGACGUACUACCUCAACCGGUCGCAGCCGCCGCUCCUCUCGGACAUGGUGCGCGCGUACCUCGACGCGGCGCUCGAGGCCGACGACGCCGACCGCGCCGCGGCGGCCCUGGCCCUCGCGGAGCGGGCGACGCCGCUGCUGGUGACGGAGCACGACUGGUGGACGCGGAACAAGAACGUGCAGGUGACCGUCAACGGCGCGACCUACACCCUGCUCUGCUACCGCACGGCGGCGACCCUGCCCCGCGCCGAGAGCUACCGGGAGGACCUCGCGACGGCGGCGCGCGCGCCCGAGGCGCGGCGCGCGGCCGUCUACGGCGACCUCGCCGCGGCCGCGGAGAGCGGCUGGGACUUCUCGUCCCGGUGGCUCGGCGAGCCGGACCGGCUCGAGACCAUCGAGACGUCGCGGGUCGUGCCCGCGGACCUCAACGCCAUCUUCGUGCGCUUCGAGCGGAACCUCGCGGCGCUCCACCGCUUCGUCGACGCCGCGCGGCGCGACGGGAAGGCGCCGCUGCGGGUCGCGUGGGCCCGCGCCAAGGAGGACGCCAUGGAGCCGCCGGGCGAGCGCUUCGUGCCCGGCGCGCGCUUCGCGCGCCUCGCGAGCGCGCGCGCCGAGGCCAUCGACGCGUGCCUCCGCGACGGCGCCGCGUGGCGCGACGGCGCGCUCGGCGCCGGCGGCGCGCUGUCGCCCCUGAGGGACCGGGGGCCCGCGCUGAGCGACUACUUCCCGCUCUGGGCCGGCGUCGCCGACGACUGGAAGCUGCGGGACCAGGUCCAGCUCGUGUCGAGCCUCGUGACGUCGGGCCUGCUCUCCGACGGCGGCGCGGCGACGACGGCGCUGAACACGGGCGAGCAGUGGGACGCGCCGAACGCGUGGCCGCCGCUCCAGUUCGUGCUCGACGCGGGCCUGCGGCGCCUCGAGAGCCUGCCGUCCGCGGGGCGCCUCGCGGACGACCUCCGGGACCGGUGGCUCGACGCGAACCGCGAGGCCUACGAGCGGACGGGCUUCAUGCACGAGAAGCUCGACGCGCUCCGGCCGGGCGCCGUCGGCGGCGGCGGCGAGUACGACCCCCAGCUCGGCUUCGGCUGGUCCAACGGCGUCGCGCUCUGCUUCCUCCGCGCGCGCGCGCGCGACGCGGCGCGGCCCAAGACGCCGCGCGCGCGGCCCGCGUCCGCGCGCGCGCGGCCGGGCUCCGCGCGGCGGCCGCCGUCCGCGCGCUUCGGCGCGGGCGCGCGCGCGUCGACGGCGCGGUUCGGCGAGUCCACCAUCUGUCCUCUAGGCGAGCGCGACGACCGGCCGCGCGACGACGACCGCGGCUACGCCAACGGCGGCGGCUACGACGACCGCGGCGGCGGCGGCGGCGGCGGCAAGUCGCGGGGCACGGCGCUGCGGUGGAACGAGCGCGGCUUCGGCUUCAUCAGACGGCAACGCCCUCCGGGAAGGCUCCUCCGUCGAGUCACGGGAGGCGUCACGGAGGAGAACGGCGGCGGCGGCGGCUACGGCGGCGGCGGCGGCUACGGCGGCGGCGGCGGCGGCCCCUCCCGCGGCAUCUGCUUCGACUUCCAGAAGGGCCGCUGCGACCGCGGCUCCUCGUGCCGCUUCAGCCACGACCUCGACGGCGGCGGCGGCGGCGGCGGCGGCUACGGCGGCGGCGGCGGCUACGGCGGCGAUCGCGGCGGCGGCUACGGCGGCGGCGGCGGCGGCUACGACGGCGGCGGCUACGGCGGCGGCGGCGGCGGCUACCGCGACGACCGCGGCGGCGGCGGCUACGGCGGCGGCGGCGGCGGCUACGGCGGCGGCGGCGGCGGCUACCGCGACGACCGCGGCGGCGGCGGCUACGGCGGCGGCGGCGGCGGCUACGACGACCGCGAUCGCGGCUACGGCGGCGGCGGCGGCCGCGCCGCCACGCAGCGCCACGUGGGCCUCCACCCUUUGGCCAUCGUCGGCGUCAGCGACCACUUCACGCGCGUCAAGCUCGGCGGCGCGCGCGUCGCGCCGGACUCGCCCGUCCUGGGCCUGCUCUUCGGCAAGCAGGUCGGCCUCGACGUCGCGGUCUUCGACGCCAUCGAGCUGUCCAUGGCCGACGGGAAGCUCGACCACGACUUCCUGAAGAAGCAGGCCGAGCUCUUCACGGACGUCUACGCGGACCGCGAGCUCCUGGGCUGGUACUGCCUCGCGAAGUCCGCGACGCCCGCGCACCUCGACCUCCACCGCGAGUUCCUCGCGUACAACGAGAGCCCGCUGUGCCUCAUGAUGGACCCGGAGCCGAGCGCCGAGUCCAAGGACCUGCCCAUCACCAUCCUCGAGGCCGAGGUCCAGGUCGUCGACGACGUGCCCACGAUGCUCUUCGCGACGCUCCCCUUUACGCUCGAGACGCUCCAGGCCGAGCGCAUCUCCAUGGAGAUCGUCGCCAAGACGGCGCCGACGGACGGCGAAUCGGCUUUAGACACGCACGUCGAGGCCGUGGACACGUCCCUGCGGACGCUCGGCUCCCGCGUCGCGGUGCUGGUGGACUACCUCCGCGCCGUCGCCGGCGGCAAGGCCGAGCCCGACUUCGCGCUCCUGCGCCAGGUCUCGGGGCUCUGCGACACGCUCCCGACGGGCGGCGCGCCGGACCAGACGCGGGACCUCAUGCGCGACUACAACGACGCGCUCAUGGUCUCCUACCUCGCGUCCGUCACCAAGAACGCGAACGCCGUCAACGACCUCUCGGAGAAGUUCAUGCUCAUCAACGCGCGCGGCGCGAAGCUCGUCUAAGCGCCUAUUUCCCC